UGCGGAAUUUUAAUAUUUAUGACUUAUUUUCUAAGCUAGUAACACCAGAACGGACCACAUACACAAACUAAGAAUCUAAAGGUUCCUCGAUCUCAUCAUCUAUAAAUCUUUAAUUAUUCUUCUUCUUCUACGUACCAUUACCAAGUACUUAUCUUGAGCAGUAUUAAUUAGUAUAAAUACAGCCAGAUGUUAUUCAAUUUAUAGAACCGAACAAGUGAGAGAGAUCCGAUAUAUAAUUAUUAACUAGCAAGACCUGAGAUGGGGGAAAAGUUAGCAACGGCGGCGGCGACAACGAAAAAGAAUGGAUCUAUAUGGUCCAUUUUCAUGCAUGCCGACUUGGCCGAUGUUUUUCUCAUGAUUUUUGGCUUCUUAGGUGCUGUCGGCGAUGGUUUUUCCAUGCCGGUUGUGUUGUUUGUAACGAGCAAGCUUAUGAACAAUAUUGGUGGUACUGGUGUGGGAUCGGACAUCAACAGCCUAUUCCUCAAGAACAUCGACAAGAAUGCGAUUGCUCUUUGUUAUGUCGCUUGUGGGCAGUGGUUGGCAUGCUUCUUGGAGGGGUAUUGCUGGUCAAGAACAGCAGAAAGACAAGCCUCAAGAAUGAGAGCUAGAUAUUUAAAGGCGGUUUUGAGACAAGACAUUGGAUACUUUGAUUUGAAUGUCACAAGUACUGCCGAGGUUGUUACUAGCGUUUCUAGCGACAGUCUUGUCAUUCAAGACGUUAUUAGUGAGAAGGUGCCGGUGUUCUUAAUGAACGUGGCUACAUUCAUUGGGUCAUAUGUAGCGGCGUUUCUGAUGCUGUGGAGGUUGGCGAUUGUUGGGUUUCCGUUUAUCGUUGUUUUAGUGAUCCCUGGUUUGAUAUAUGGAAGGGCGUUGAUGGGAAUCGCAAGAAAAAUGAGGGCGGAGUAUAAUAAGGCAAGUGUGAUAGUGGAGCAGGGGAUUUCUUCUAUUAGAACGGUUUAUUCUUUCGUUGGUGAGAAUAAGACCAUAUCAGAUUACUCUUUGGCUCUUGAAGGGACUGUCAAACUGGGUCUAAAACAGGGUCUGGCUAAGGGAUUAGCCAUUGGAAGUAAUGGACUUGUUUUUGCGAUUUGGGCGUUUAUGUCUUAUUAUGGAAGUAGAUUGGUCAUGUACCACGGUGCACAAGGUGGCACCGUCUUUGCCGUCGGCGCAGCCAUCGCCGUCGGAGGAUUAUCGUUGGGAUCUGGUUUAUCCAACCUGAAGUACUUCUCAGAAGCAACAGCAGCAGGAGAACGCAUACUCGAGAUGAUAAAAAGGGUACCGACAAUCGAUUCCGACAAUAUGGAAGGUCAGAUACUAGAAACCGUCGCCGGAGAAUUAGAGUUCCGUCACGUGGAAUUCGCGUAUCCUUCCCGGCCAGAGUCGACCAUUUUCCGGGACUUCAACCUGGUGAUUCCGGCCGGACAGACGGUGGCGCUGGUGGGGGGAAGUGGGUCAGGGAAGUCGACUGCGAUCGCGGUUCUGCAGCGAUUCUAUGACCCACUUGGUGGGGAAAUUUUGUUAGAUGGGGUGGCCAUAAACAAACUGCAAUUGAAAUGGGUGAGAUCACAAAUGGGAUUGGUGAGCCAAGAACCUGCAUUAUUUGCGACAUCCAUUAUGGAAAACAUACUUUUUGGUAAAGAAGAUGCUGACAUGGAAGAGGUUAUUGCUGCUGCAAAAGCCUCAAACGCUCAUAAUUUCAUAUCUCAGUUACCUCAAGGUUAUGACACACAGGUGGGUGAAAUGGGAGUGCAAAUGUCUGGAGGACAGAAACAAAGGAUUGCGAUUGCUCGUGCUAUAAUAAAAUCCCCGAGGAUACUUCUCCUUGACGAGGCCACCAGCGCUCUGGAUUCCGAGUCAGAACGGGUUGUUCAAGAGGCACUAGACCAGGCCGCGGUUGGUCGAACCACCAUCAUAAUCGCUCAUCGCCUUUCCACCAUCCGCCAUGCAGAUCUCAUCGCAGUUGUUCAGAAUGGUCAGGUCAUGGAGUCCGGGUCUCACGAUGACCUUAUCCUUAAUGAAACCGGCCUUUACUCGUCUCUUAUCCGCCUCCAGCAAACACAAACCAACCAUUAUGAUGAGAAUGAUCACGCUACAUCUUCAAUGAUGGACAAAUUCGACCUUAGCAAUACCAGCAGCCGUAGAAAUUCCGGAGUUGUCAGCCGAUCAAGCUCGGCUAACUCGGCAGCAACCAAAACCCAAAAUCUAGAUCUUGGAACUGACGUUAGAACUAAAUCUGACAUUACAGAUCAACCUCUUCAAGUUCCGUCCUUUAAGAGGUUGUUGGCAUUGAACAUGCCAGAGUGGAAACAGGCGCUUGUCGGAUCCAUCAGCGCAGUUAUAUUCGGAGCCGUGCAACCAAUUUACGCCUUUGCAAUGGGAUCCAUGAUAUCGGUUUUCUUCUUACCCGAACACAGCCAGAUUAAAGAGAAAACACGGAUAUACGCUUUAUGCUUCUUGGGUUUAGCCGUUUUAUCAAUGGUUAUCAACAUUUGCCAACAUUACAGUUUUGCCUACAUGGGAGAAUACCUAACCAAGAGGAUUAGAGAAAGAAUGCUAACCAAGAUACUAACGUUUGAGGUUGGUUGGUUCGACAGGGACGAGAAUUCUAGCGGUGCUAUUUGCUCCCGCCUAGCCAAAGAUGCUAACGUUGUGAAGUCUUUAGUCGGAGACAGAAUGGCACUUGUUAUCCAAACACUCUCAGCCGUGACCGUUGCAUGCACCAUGGGUCUUGUCAUUGCAUGGAGGCUAGCUAUAGUCAUGAUCGCAGUUCAACCGAUCAUCAUAUGUUGUUUCUAUUUCAAACGUGUCCUUUUAAAGAACAUGUCCAAGCAAGCCAUCAAAGCCCAAGAUGAAAGUAGCAAGCUUGCGGCUGAGGCAGUGUCUAAUCUAAGGACCAUCACUUCUUUCUCGUCCCAGGCUCGUAUUCUUCGUAUGCUCGAGAAAGCCCAAGAUGGACCUCGACGUGAGAGUGUCCGACAAUCAUGGUUUGCCGGAAUUGGUCUCGGAUCCUCAAACGGGCUUAUGUCAUUAACAUGGGCUAUGGAUUUCUGGUACGGAGGUAAGCUGAUAAAUCAAGGAUAUAUCGGUUCCAAGGCAUUGUUUGAGACAUUUAUGAUAUUGGUUAGCACGGGUCGUGUCAUUGCGGAUGCAGGGACCAUGACCAAUGAUUUAGCAAAAGGGUCUGAUUCAAUUGGUUCUGUUUACGCGGUUUUGGAUCGUUUUACUAGAAUUGAACCUGAAGAUCCAGAAGGGUCGAAGCCUAAGAAUAUAACAGGGUUAGUUGAGAUACGCGAUGUUGACUUCGCAUACCCAGCUAGACCUGAUGUCAUGAUCUUCAAUGGUUUCUCAAUCAGAAUAGAAGCAGGGAAAUCAACGGCUCUCGUAGGACAAAGUGGGUCCGGAAAAUCAACUAUCAUAGGACUCAUCGAAAGAUUUUAUGACCCACUUAAGGGUACUAUCAAAAUUGACGGCCGUGAUUUGAAAUCAUAUAACCUCAGAUCAUUAAGAAAGAACAUUGCACUUGUUAGUCAAGAACCGACUUUAUUUUCCGGCACCGUUCGCGAGAAUAUAGCAUACGGAGCGUCGGAUAAAGUUGAUGAAACUGAGAUCAUCGAGGCGGCAAGAGUAGCCAACGCUCAUGAUUUCAUCGCGGGAUUGAAAGACGGGUACGAUACAUGGUGCGGUGACAGAGGAUUGCAACUCUCGGGUGGGCAAAAACAACGGAUUGCUAUUGCCCGAGCCGUAUUGAAAAACCCGACUAUUCUUUUGCUUGAUGAGGCGACGAGUGCGCUCGAUAGUCAAUCGGAGAAAAUUGUUCAAGACGCGCUUGAGCGCGUGAUGGUUGGAAGGACCAGUGUCGUGGUGGCUCAUAGACUUAGUACGAUUCAAAACUGUGAUACGAUUGCCGUGCUGGACAAGGGAAAGAUUGUUGAGAGAGGGACCCACUCGUCCUUGCUGGCAACUGGUCCCACUGGUGUUUAUUACUCUUUGGUCAGCCUUCAGACUAAGCCCAGUACAUUUGUACAAGCCCAAUCCUUUAAAUAAUUGGUCUUCUUCUUUUACUUACUACUUAUGGGCUGACUAGAGUUCUAUUUCUGUUUUAUGAAUUAAAACUGU